AUGGGUCACGGAUACGUCACCCUAGUCAGCGCGGAUGGGUUCGAGUUCGUGGUUGACGAGGAGGCUGCGUGCGUGUCGAAGAUGAUCAAGAGCAUGAUGCAGUCUUCCGGCGGCUUCAGCGAGCGUAGGGACAACAAGAUCACCUUCCCGGAGAUCUCGGGCAAGAUUUUGGAGAAGGUGUGCCAGUACUUCUACUACAAGUUGCAGUACACAGACUCGAGGGAUUCCGUGCCCGAGUUCAAAGUACCGCCGGAGCUCGCGUUGGAGCUCCUGAUGGCGUCCAACUACCUCGACUGCUGA